CACGCGAUCAAUUAUUGAUGGGAUUGAGAUUCAAUCAUUGCAAUUUGAGAUGAAUACCCAAGACGAGCCGAGAUGACAAGACUAUUGCGACCUCCACGACAGGAAUCGGAAGUGAUGGCGGCCAUUUGUGGAGUGAACACUCGAGGGUGCCGACUGCAAUCAUGGCUUACGUGAUGAGGAGAGGAAAAAUCGGAGAAUCGGAUACGCAUCGGCUCGUCGGCUGUGACCGCGAGGUGGAUGAGUGCGCUCAGUCCGCGUGUCGAUUCCUGGCAUACAAAAUGCCAAUCCCGACAUGACCAAGCUGCGAUGACGAGCGAGCACAUCGUCGCGUGCACAGACACAUGGUUGCAGUCCGCGCGAAAAAGACGCGUCUUGAUUGACGAAGGAAACAGCGGAGGUAUCUGAUGGAAGUACUGCAUGUAUUAUAGGAAAUGCCUAGCAACUUGUAGCUCCUCAGCAAAGACACGCUGCCUCCUCAGUUAGGACCUCGUAUGUCCUCAGUGGAGACGACGGGCUCCGAUGGACGCGCGGCAGCUCAUUCACUUUGCGUUUUGCAUCUUUGAACUCACCCGUCCACUUCCCUCCUCGUUCCUUUAUCAAAAAUGGUCAAAUACGUGCUCACCGGCGCCGACGGCAACCUGGGUGGCUUCGCCGCCGACUACAUCGCCGAGAUCAAGGGCGACAACGACGAGUUCGUGUUCACGAGCUACAAGAUCGACAGCGUCCCAGAGGAGAAGAAGGCUGCAUGGGCGGCCAAAGGUAUCCAGGUCGUGCUGGCCACCUACGACGACGUUGAUACUCUGAAGAAGGUGUUCGAAGGUGCUGAGGCUGUCGCCUUCAUCUCCACCUGGCUCAUCGGUGACGGCCGCCGCAACCAGGCCAAGAACGUCAUCCGGGCAGCCAAAGAGACCGGUGUCAAGCGCAUUUGCUACACGUCAUUCGUCGGUGCCGGAUCGGACAAACCCAACGAGGAGGUCCCGUUCCUGCCUCGUGAUCACCACUUCAUUGAGCACGAAAUCUACGCUUCGGGUCUGGACUACAAUAUCCAGCGUAACUGGUUGUACCAGAACAAUAUCCCACAGUUCUUUGCCCAGUCGUGGCACUUCACCGAAGACCGUUGGCUUGUCAACAGCCACGGCGUCCCCGGCGCGUAUGUUGCCCGUGAGGACUGCGGUCGCGUCUUCGGUGCUCUUCUGCUUGGUAAGCAAGAGAAGAACACGGUUGUCGACGUGACGGGUCCAGAACCCGUGCUAGACAAGGACAUCUUCGAAUGGAUGAACAACAUCAGUGGCUACAAGGCCGAAUUCGUCGACAUGUCGGAUGAGGAUCUCCGUGCUUACUGGCUUGGUCGUGGUCUGCCCACUGACGUGUAUGGCGACUUCUCCAAGCUCCCCAUGAAGCUGUGCAUCGGCGAUCUGUUGUGCUGCGGUGAGACUCUGGCCAACGGCUCCAUGAACAAGGUGACGGAUACGGUUGAGCGUUUGACCGGCCGUAAGCCUCUGGGCUACAAGGAGAACCUGCUUCAGUAUAAGGAAAUCUUCCCCAAGAACCAGUAAAUCGUCGUGUAGAUGGUUGGGAUCCACGUGUAAAACGUCUCUCUUGGCUAGUGUUGACAUUGAAUAUGACAGCGUGUACAGAUUUUAUUCACUCUACUUUCACUUUGAGUGUCAGAUAUGAGAGCAGCA